AACUUUCGUUUGGAGAAAGACCUGCCGGUGUUGCCGAACAUUUGGGCGGUUCAUCGCGACGAAUCGAUCUUUGAGUGCGCAAACGAAUUUCGACCAGAGCGAUUCGUUGACAUUAACGGAAACCUGGACAAAAAGCUGGCAACUAGGGUUAUUCCUUUCGGAACCGGCAUGAGACGUUGUCCUGGUGAGGAAAUGGCCAAGAAAAACCUUUUCCUGACAUUGACUAAUAUGGUUGUCAACUUCAAGAUCGAAAUUGACCCAGAUACGCCGUACCGCGACACGUCUGAAUGCACCUACAACUUCACGCGUAGGCCUUCGCCAUACCGGCUCCGUUUCACACGUCUGACAGAAGGCAGGUAA